AUGGCUACCCCUAGUGUCCUCGCCUUUGACGCUGAGGGUCGGGCCAUUGACUUUGACGUCAGGGUAGAUGACCUGCAGCUGUUCUUACAGUGCGAUAGGGCAGACGGCCUCUCUCUCUUUGACCUCACCUCUGGCGCUUCCCCUGCCCCUGCUGCUGAUGCUGACGCCACUGUUUGCUCCCAGUGGGCCACGCGCGACGUUGCUGCACGUCUUGCUGUGCGUCGCCACCUCCCUACCUCCGAGCGUGCGCACUUUAGUCAGUACAAGAGUGCUCAGACCUUGUACGACGCUGUAAUCGCGCGCUACUCCUCCCCUGCCACUGCUGCACUGAGCCGUCUCAUGCUACCGUACCUCUUUCCUGACCUUGCUGCCUUUCCCACAGUAGCUGACCUCAUUACGCACCUCCGCACUAGUGACACUCGCUACCGCGCUGCACUUCCUGCUGACUUCUGCGCCAAGAACCCCCCCCCCCCCAUGUACAUCACUCUCUACUACAUAGUCACUCGCCUCCCUGACUCCCUUCGUGUAGUCAGGGACCACUUCCUCUCAGUCUGUCCCACCACUCUCACUGUUGACCUCCUCGAGAAGGCCCUCCUAGUGAUAGAGAAGAGCAUAGUCGCUGUAGGAGCCUCUCGAGGUGACCCGCGCACCCCCAUCUUUGAGGGGUGUUCUCCCUCCCCCCUUCUGCCCUCUGUUGCCUCCGCUGCUGCGGCCGACCUCCUUGGUCUUGAGUCGGUCGGUGCGGCGUUUGCCCCUAGCGGGAGACGCCGCCCUGGCAAGGGCAAGGGGGGCAAGGGCGCUGGAGGAGCGAGCGGGGGCGGUGGAGUGGAGGCGGAGGCGGCGGCGGCGGUGGCGGUGGGAGCGGAGGUGGCGGAGGUGGCGGCGGUGGAGGCGGAGGCGGAGGCGGCGGCAGUAGCGGAGGCGGUGGGGGUGGCGGUGGAGCUGGUCGCGGGUCUUCGCAGAGGAGUGGCUCCGGUGGUGGCUCGCGCCAGCAGCAGCAGCGCAGUCGUGAGACCCUGA